GCAGUUUUCAGUUCAGUGUGGAAGAGGGAACAGAUCAGAGGGAAAUAAGACAGGGGCCAAUAUAACAGGACGAGGUGUGAAUUGAAUAUCAAGGAAUGGAUUUAUGAAAUAGCCUUCAUUCCAACUGUUUUUAACCAAACAGACUUCUGCUGGCGAGGGAUUCUUUUAUAUUUGGCAUUGGUUUGUACCUUUCAACCCUACUGUUUUAUCUCACAGACACUUUUUUUACAUGUUUUUAAUAUAGUGUUUGGAUAAAGCUAAGACAGAAAACAUGAAUAGUGCCGACUCUUUAUUGGACAAUGUCAUAUUCAAUCACACACUCUGCGAUGGAUGGACAAACAACACUGAAGGUGCCUUUUACCAUCUGGGCAACACCAUCCUUUUUCUGGGCUACAUGGGCGGCAGUGGUGCGUAUGGGGCUCUGUACAUCUUUAGUUUCAUGAUUCCUGGCUUCCUAUGUCUGACGAUGUGGGGCUGGCUGACAAUGUGUGGUCUGGACGUUUUCAUCUGGAACCUGCUGCUGAUGCUGCAGUGUGUAGCCCAGGUGUGUCAUCAGAUUUUUCGGCUGAUGCAGGACGGUUUGUCCAGCGAGGAGCUUUCUGCGCUGUACUCGGUAGUCUUUCUGCCACUGGAUGUACCUGUGCAGGUGUUUAAAGAGAUCGCCACAGCCAGUGAAAACAAAGUGCACUCUCUAGGGGCCGAAGAAACAUAUGCUGUGGAGGGGAAGACGCCUAUUGAUCAGUUAUCUUUCCUUCUUUCAGGCAGGAUUAGGGUGUCCUUAGAAGGCCAGUUUCUCCAUUAUAUCUUCCCUCAUCAGUUUCUUGACUCUCCAGAAUGGGAGUCUCUUAGACCAACAGAGCAGGGGAACUUCCAGGUGACACUGACUGCAGAGACGGACUGCCAAUACAUCUCUUGGCGACGACGUCGGCUUUAUCUUCUGCUGUCUAAGGAUCGUUACAUUGCCCGACUUUUCUCUGUGAUGCUUGGAAGUGACAUCGCUGACAAGCUCUACUCGCUCAAUGACAAACUGUUUGCCAAGAGCGGUGUACGCCUCGAUAUUCGUCUGCCCAGUCUCUACCACGUUCUUGCCCCUUCCCCACCGGGCAGUGAACACGGCAGCGCAAGCUCACCUCUCAGGGGAAGCCAAGGAGAUUCUACAGUUGUAAAUGUUGAUCCAGCACCUUCCAACCAGGCUUCAGAUGGAAGAAAAUCUAAGCCGGAGCAGGGAAAGUUCAAACUUCCACACCAGCUCACAGACACAGAAAUGCCCUCCGGUGAGGACUCAACCAGCUUGAUUCUGGAGGACUUUGCCGAUAUGACAGGCUCUUUAAUGGACUAUGGGAGUGAGAGGGAAUAUUUGAAGUAAAGAUUGGGGUGUUGAAGCUAACACACUGGGCCACUUCUUGAGUCACAUAGAAUGAUACUCCUGGAGGUUUUCCGCUCCGAGUCCAAAGAAGAUGUGCUCCACUGGCCCCUACUGACACCCCUAAACUUUAGGAAAGGUUUCAGCGAUGCAUCAUGGGCAGUAGUGAAAUCUGGAAUCUCAUCCCCAUCAAAGCUUUACUUUCUCUGCUGUUACCAACUACAAUAAUGCACAAUGAAGGAUUCCUCUAUACUGUAUGUACUUUUAAGGACAGUUACAUGACAAAACAACUUUCACAAACCUUCAUCACUCCUCAGAUUUACCAGACAAACAUGAUUCCACAAUGUUGUAGUUUCAGCGUGAGUGUUUUAUUUAUUUGUGUAGGCAUGUGUAUAUUAUAGUUGAAUCUGUUUGGAACACUUAAAACAAUGGCUUUAUAAGGCACAAAGAGAUUUUGCUUGUGUACAACACACAAAGGCCCGGUUUCACAGACAGGGCUCACAGACAGACUAACCCUUAGUUAAAUGAAAAAAAACGUUGGCACUGACAUAUUUUGAGAUAAUUUAGGGCACGUUAUUUUUUUAGUUAAGACAGCUCAAACAUUCAUUUUAGUCUGGGACUAGCCUUAAGCUUUGUCUGUGAAACCGGGCAAAUCAAAGUUUAAACAGAGGUUUAGCAGGUCCAUUGAUAGAUAAGUAAUUAGUUUUAUACAAAAUGGUCAAUAUAAUACAAACAAUAAUAUAAAAUGAGUAACGCUACAGCAUCAUGCACUGAUGACUGAAAAUAUGGGACUGUAUACUGAUCAUAUUGUGAUGAUUAUGUAAUUUCAUGGGGCCAACUGUUUAUCAAGCUUUGGGUUUAAUGUGAAUUGACAUUUCUCUAAAGCUGUCUUUAUUGGCAUUGUUUCUCAUUGUCAGUAAGAAACAUAUUCAGGUUUUUAAUCUAAUUUAUACGGUACAGUUCAAAAAAAUCUCAUGAGAAUGCAGUAAUGUUACUCGAAAACCUUUAAUUAUGAGAAUGAAACAUACAGUAUAUUAGAGAAGAUAUUAUUUUCCACCAGCUGUCAUGAAGAACCCUUUUUUGGUCAUUCGAAUCUAAAAGUACUCAAUGUAAAAAUAUGCAUUAAUUUCUCUCUGCUGAAAUUCUACUCUUACUGGAACUGUGAACAACAGAAGCAAAUGAAAUUGUAUUUUACAUACUGUAAAUGCUAAACUGUGCGACUUCAUGAAAAUAACAAUAAAUACAUCUUCAACAGAGUGUAA